AUGGCAGGGGCUAGGGUGCUACCACUUGUCAUCGCCCCUACCAUCGCCAACAUCAAGCUCCAUCACGUGCUGAUUGACGGAGGCGCCAGCCUCAACGUCAUCAGCUAUGCAGCUUUCAAGCAGCUGCAAAUCCCGGAGUCCAGACUGGACCCAUCACGCCCAUUCUCCGGAGUGGCCCCACAACCCGUCUACCCGGUGGGGACCAUCUCCCUGCCGGUUACAUUCGGGACGGAGGAAAACUUCCACAUAGAGAGCGUUCAGUUCGACGUUGCGAAGGUCAACCUCCCAUUCAAUGCCAUUAUUAGCAGGCCGGCUCUGUAUCGGUUCAUGGCCGUUGCCCAUUAUGGGUAUCUGGUUCUCAAGAUGUCGUCCCCUGCAGGGGUCCUCACUGUGAAGGGUGACCGGAUCGCUGCUGUGGCGGCAGUUGAGAAGCUGCACGCGCUAGCAGCAGGCCUCGUCCCGGCUGCUAGCGCAAAGGGGUCCGACCCCUCACCCUCGCGCUCUAGGGCACCAGCCAAGGCACCCAAGGUCCAUCCAUCAUAUACGGACGAUGUUCCUGUGAAAAACUUCUAG